AUGGUUACCAGGAUUUGCAAUCAAAACCAUCUGUUUGGUGAUGUUAUUGAAAUUGCUAGACUCUUCCUUGAAAGAAAUCGGACUAUUUCUUUUGAUUUCAUAUACAGGGAAGCAAACAUUUGUGCUCACUUAUUAGCACAAUUAUCUCAUUACUGGAUUAGUGUUGAUUUUUGUACCUAUGUCCAUCCUCCACCUCUUUAUCAGAAGUUGCCAGUCUUCACAUUCUACUUGGAACUCAUCAGGGAUUUGCUUCACUUGUCUAUGUAUAUGUGUUUCUUCCUCGUGAUUUUCAUAAAUUAUGGUGUGCCUUUACACUUAAUAUGGGAGCUGUAUGAGACAUUUAGGAACUUCAAAGUUCAUGUUGCUGACUACAUACGCUAUCGUAAGAUUACUUCAAAUAUGAAUGAUCGGUUUUCAGAUGCAACCCCUGAAGAGCUUAACGCAAGCGAUGCUACAUAUAUUAUCUGUCGUGAAGAGAUGACUACAGCCAAGAAGCUUAUAUGUGGACAUCUUUUUCAUGUGCAUUGCCUCCGAUCAUGGUUAGAGGGGCAACAUACUUGCCCUACCUGCAGAGCCUUGGUUGUACCGCCUGAAAAUGGCGCAACUACUGCUGGAGGGCAGCAUGGAUCACAGUCAGAUCGACAGGGAACAAGAACGGGAACUAGUACUGGAAACUCAUCUCAAGCUGAAGGUGGCAAUGGGGUGGCUACUGAUAAUUUGAGUCGUCAUCAAGUUAGACUCCAAACUACCGCUGCCUCAAUGUAUGAGAAGUCUUACGUAUACCCAUCACCAUCUGCAACUUCUUUAGUAUGGUAUAUCAGUGAUUUACCAUCCACCUUUCUUUAUAUACUUAAACAGACUGAUCCAGAAACAAUGAAUUUAACUGAAGACACAUUGUGUGCUUGGGUUGUUCUUGUUGAAAAAUAGUUAGCAGAUGCCGC